UUUCUCAAUUUUUGGUAUUUGAAUAAAUUUAAGAACAAAAUCCAUUUGAGGAGUGAUUAGCUUUAUAGUCUUGAUGCCACCUACAGUGUACAGUUUCAGAGUAGAUAAAAAAUGGAAAGAAUUAUGUUCAUAUGAUGUUGAAGAGCAUCGUGGACUUCCCUUGUAGAAGAGCGCAUCUCAGACGCGUCAGAGUGGGUCGGUGGAUGGGCAGUGGCAGUAUGGUAGAGACGAGGACAAAGAUGAUGAAGCUUAUAUGUUAUAAUCAACCACCGCUGUUCAUAACAGACGCUCUUCUAGCCCUUGGAUCUAGAUGCCCAGCAGAUCGCUGCGGUAACUCAGCCUGUCACUGUCGCGAUUGAUUGUUACCCUAACGAAUGGUCAAGCCCUAGGGGGCGAAGGUUGAAGAGGAUGAGGGGCAUGGCCGGGCGGAGAGGGAGAAGAAUUUUCCGUUUGGGUUUUGUGAGAAUUCCAAUGGUGCUAUCUCGCGCCAGAAUGUAUUCAUAGAGGAUCUCCGGUGAGUUUGAUAUGCUGUAAUAGAGGGAAUUGUGUCGGGGGUACGGAGUCCUUGCAAUCUCGCAACGCUUUGCUUCUCUCUCUUCAUUGAUGGACAAGCUUUUGGGCACUAACUUGACGAAUGUCUCGAGUUCAGAUACUGAUCUUAACAGUGAACAGUGUGAGAAUGCUAUGAUUGUGAAGGCAUAUCCAAUUGAUAUGGUGCGUGCAACAGAUGAACUGGGUGGAGAGAAUGAUGGGAAUUGUAUGCUUGAACCAUUUGUGGGGCAAGAGUUCGAUUCAUCUGAUGCAGCACUUAAUUUCUAUAGUUCAUAUGCACAGCGUGUUGGAUUUAAAGUUCGAAUAGGUCAGUUGUACAGAUCACGAACUGAUGGUACGGUAUCAUCUCGCAGAUUUGUGUGUUCAAAAGAGGGGUUUCAGCUUAGUUCACGCACAGGCUGUCCAGCAGUCAUACGAGUACAGAGGCGUGAUUCUGGGAUGUGGGUCAUUGACCUUUUUCACAAGGAUCACAAUCAUCACUUUGAGCAUGAUGAUGGGGGGGAAACCCUUCCUACUUUUCAAGUUAAGGCUCCUAGAUCUGCAAAAUUGACGGUUAAUGUUUCUCAUAGACGAAAAAUUCAUCUAUUCAAGGAUGUUGAACAUGCCUUCUCCUGUUCUUCAGGAAUUAUUGAUUCAAAGCAUUUAAAUGAGAGAGGAAACGUAAUACCACCAAGGGGUGAGCCUUGUGUUGGUCUGGAGUUCAAUUCAGCAAAUGAGGCAUAUCAGUUUUAUAAUGCAUAUGCUGCAAAUGCAGGAUUUAGAAUACGCAUUGGUCAAUUGUUUCGAUCAAAAAACAGUGGUUCAAUUACAUCAAGGCGAUUCGUGUGCUCUAAGGAGGGAUUUCAACAUCCAUCAAGAUUAGGCUGUGGGGCGUUUAUGAGGAUCAAGAGGCAUGAAUCUGGAAAAUGGGUUGUAGACCGCCUUAAGAAAGAGCAUAAUCAUGAUCUUGAGCCUCAACCAGAAACUCAAAAAAGAAAUCUAAUAGUUUCCAAAAGGUUCACAGGGGAACUGAAUGGUGGAUUCGAAGGCAAGGAACCAGUUAACUUGAACUACGGGAUCGUCAUCAAGAGAACUCGGGAGAACAAAAUUGGUAGUGAUUGGUACACAGGUCUUUUUGAAUAUUUCCAAUCCAAGCAAGCAGAAGAUACUGGAUUCUUUUAUGCUGUAGAAGUUGAGAAUUCUAACUGCAUGAGCGUUUUCUGGGCAGAUGGAAGGUCUAGAUUUUCUUGUAGCCAGUUUGGUGAUACUAUUAUCCUCGAUACUUCAUAUAGGAAAAGUGCUUAUGCGGUUCCAUUUGCUACUUUUUUUGGAGUUAAUCACCAUAAACAACCUGUUCUUCUUGCCUGUGCUUUAAUUGCUGAAGAAUCUGUGGAAUCCUUCUCAUGGCUGUUUCAAACGUGGCUCAGAGCAAUGUCAGGUUGCCACCCACUUUCAAUAAUUGCCGAUCAGGACAAGGCGAUCCAACAAGCAGUCGCCCAAGUCUUCCCCCGAACUUUACACUGUUUUUCAUCGUGGCAAAUCCGGAAAAAGGAGCAAGAUAAUCUUAACAUGCUGGAUGAAACUUUUAGAUUUGAGUAUGAAAAAUGCAUUUAUCAGAGUCAGACUGCUGAAGAAUUUGAUGUUGGGUGGAACAUGCUUGUGGGAAAGUAUGGGUUGAAAGACAAUGCUUGGUUUAAAGAGAUGUACAUAAAGCGUAAUAACUGGGUUCCAUUGUUCUUGCGGGGAACAUUUUUUGCAGGCAUCCCCACGACUGACAAUUUCGAAUCGUGUUUCGGUGCAGCAUUCAAUGCUCAAACACCACUUGCAGAGUUCAUUUCUCGUUACGAAAUUGGGUUGGAGAGACGCCGUGAUGAAGAAAGAAAAGAGAGUUUGAACUCUCUAAACUUGCAAGGUUUUCUGCAAACAAAAGAACCAGUAGAAGAGCAAUGUCUAAGGCUCUAUACUCACGCAGUAUUCAAGGUGUUCCAGAAAGAACUCCUGCACUGUUACAGAUAUCUUGGGUUCAAGAUUUACGAGGAAGUGGCUCUCAGCAGAUACCUGGUGCGUCGCUGCGAAAAUGACAAUGAAAAAUGUGUAGUCACAGUGAUAUCGACAAACCUGACGGUGAAUUGUAGCUGUAAAAUGUUUGAAUACGAAGGGAUACUGUGUAGACAUAUUCUGAGGGUGUUCCAAAUAUUAGGAAUAAGUGAAAUUCCACCCCGCUACAUCCUACACAGAUGGACUCGAAAUGCCGAGUAUGGAACAUUGCAAGAUGUGGACACAGAUGGUGGCCCUCAAGAACUGAAGGCCGUGAUGCUAUGGAGUUUGAGAGAAGCUGCUUGUAAAUACAUUGAGGCUGGUGCAACAUCUCUUGAAAAGUACAAACUUGCAUAUGAGAUUAUGCGAGAGGGUGGAAGGAAACUCCGUUGGCAAAGAUAAAUAUGGAGGUUAGAUAGAUAUCUCUGUUCUCAAUUUUAUACUGCAUGCACAUUCCCUUCUUUUUUUUUUUUUUUUUGGUUGGUCAGUGGAUGACUUUAGAUUGUGAUCCAGAAACCAUGAUAUUGAGUUGUGGGGAUGGUCCUUUUCUGGAUAUGUCAUACCUGAAUGUUUAUAAUAUGUAAAUAAAAAGAAUUUGGAUUACUUAGAAUGA